AUGCUGGCGCUAACUAUACUCCUCGCCCUGCUACCUCUCCUGGCUAUAUACCUGUGGCAAUGGCUUCGAUAUCUGCGAUUCCACCAGCAUGCCGCCUGGCCACAGCUUCCCCCUUCCCUGGUCUGGGGACACAUGAAAGCACUAAACGAGUUCGUUAGUCGCGGGGAACGGCGCAGACAUGUCGACCGUGUAUUCGGAGAGGUGCAGCAAUCCCUGGGCAAUCCGCCGCUGUAUCUUCUCGACCUCCGCCCGGUGGUGGGCGUCCUGGGGAUAGUCUGCUCCCAUGAAGUCGCCGAGCAAGUCUCCCGAAGCACGAAGGGCUUUCCCUACAGCAUGCGCAAAUCCCCUACCAUGAAACCGCUGGAGCCGUUACUGGGGCCCCAUUCCGUGAUUACCGCCGAGGGCGAGCAGUGGAAAGCGUUGCGCAAGCGAUACAAUCCGGGCUUUGCGCCGCAGCAUCUCCUCACGCUGCUACCGUGCAUCAUCGACAAGGCAUGGAUCUUCAUCCAGUGUCUGGACGAGUACGCGCGGACCGGAGAGGAGUUUUCCCUCGAGGACCGCUGCACCAGUUUGACGCUCGAUAUUAUCGGUAGGGCCGCAACAAUGGACACCGACUUGCACGCCCAACUGCCCACCCACCAACAAAGCCAACUCGCCCGCCUCUACCGUCAGCUACUCGCCAGCUACCGUCGCGACAGCAAUGUCAGCAAAUUCCGCCUCACCUGGCUCCUCGCCCCGUUCAUUCUCCUCCGCCGCAGGUAUCUCGUCCGACAGAUCGACGCCCUCCUGCAAGCCCACAUCGAGACAAAGUUCGCUGAGCUUCGAACCAGGACCACAGCAACGACCACAGCAACGGCCGACAGGAACCCCUCUUCCUCACGAAGUGUCCUCGCCCUCAGCCUCCACGACACCGACCACCUCACCCCGCAGACCAUCCGCGAAACCGCCGACCAGCUCAAGUCCUUCCUGUUCGCUGGCCACGACACCACCAGCAUCCUCCUGCAGUGGACCUUCUACGAACUCAGCCGCACCCCGCGCGUGCUGAAAGCGGUCCGUCGCGAGCUCGACGCCAUCUUCGGGAAGGAGACCGCCGCCUCCCCGACUAAAGUGGCGGAGAUGCUGCGCGCCAGAGGCGAUGAGUAUCUCUCGCAGAUGACGUAUACCGCCGCGGUCAUCAAGGAAGUCCUCCGGUUACAUCCCCCCUCCGGUUCGGCGCGGUAUAUGCCCCCGGGGACGGGGUUCACGGUGACCCUUCCCGACGGGCGGACGAUGUGUCUGGAUGGGGUGGUGAUCUACAACUGUGCGACGCUGGUGCAGCGCGAUGAGGCGGUUUAUGGGCCGACGAAGGAUGAGUUCUGGCCGGAGCGGUGGUUGGCGGGCAGCGCGGAUGGUGAUGAUGAUGAUGAUGAUGCUGGUGGCAAUGCGGAGCAGAUUCCCGUCAGUGCGUGGCGGCCAUUCGAGCGUGGGCCUCGCAACUGUAUCGGGCAGGGGUUGGUGAAUAUCGAGGUCCGAGUCAUUCUGGCCUGCACUGUUCGGCGCUUCGAUUUCGAGAAGGUCGGGCUUGGGGCGGUUGUACGGGAUGCUGGGGGUCGGCCGGUGCUUGAUGCGAAGGGACAGUUUGAGGUACUGGAGGAGUUGUUCAAUACGAUGCAGGUUACUGCUAAACCGGUGGAUGGAACCAGGAUGAAGGUUAGGUUUGCC